UUGGAAGACUUCGUGAGCUGACGUUAUCCGUUGCAAACAGUUUGAAUUACUGCUUGUGGCAUGUUGAAUGACAGUUGUGGUGCGUGGAAGUAGGUGAUAAUUCGUCUUUAGGUUUACACUGCUAACCAUGGUUACAAGAUUUCAAUAUGUGGAUUUUGCCAACUCGGUAGUAACAAAGGAUUUCAGUUAGCCAACGGAUUUGUAAUUUGAUUCCAACCAUCAAUCAACGGAAACGAGUUAAGCACCAUCUACACGACACUGUGCCUUUUACACGCUCGUAAAGAUUGGUAUGAAACACACGGAUGGGAUAUAUUUGCAAUAAGGUACGGUUACCACAUUAACCAACUACCAACUAGUUUCACUGAUUGAAUAUUAGUUUACCAAUUCCUUGCAUAAUGGCAGUCGCAGCAGAUGCAGAGACGAGUGAAUCAUUUGAUCCCAAUGGGUAUUUCAAGAAUGCCAAUGGUGGCAUAUUUUCUGAAGUGGAACUAGCAGGGGAAACAGACCCCCUAAGGUCUGGGAACGCUGUGGAGGGGGGUGAAAAUAGCCCCAACUCCGAAGUCUACAAUAUCCCGGUUCUAGAGACUAAACCUCCAAACUACAUGUGGCUAGCGCUGUGCACAACCGUAUUCUUCAAUCCCCUCUCGGGCAUAAUCGCCUUGGUGUUAGCCAUGCAGGCGGAUGGAGAGUACAUGCGCAAUAACUGUGAACGAGCUCGAUGUCUUGGGCGUGCCGUGAAGAUCAUCUGCGUCGUCUCCAUUGCUGCCACCAUCCUCAUCCUCAUCAUCGUCUCCAGCUUCUUUGUACCACCUCCGACUGUCGACGUCAGUACAUGACGUACAAAGUUGUUAUACUUUUGCACGGGAUGUUAAUACACCCUGUCUCCGACAUCAUGAUCAAGUUGUUUGUUGCUUGUUGGUUUGUUGUGUAACU